AUGUCCAACGAGGAGAGUCGCCUCAAUGAAUACAAGGAAAAAACAAAAAUAGAUGGCGAAGAACUGGUUCGCAAUGUGUUUCCCAAACGGGUCUUUGAGAUGGAAGGAAUACUAGCUUCGGAACUAUUCUCUUUGGACCCGGAAAAAGUCUAUUCUGAGGUGAAUAUUCCUUACCCACAAGUACGGUCAUCUAAAAUCCUCAAUUCCUCGGGUGAUCUGCAUCACACCAACGCACUGAAUGAGGAUCAGCCGAUGGUGAUGGAGAAAUCUCGUUAUGGUGUAUUGCCUUACGGACCGGUGCCGUACAAUCGAUGUAUCAAGGCUAUGAUCGAAACCAAUGGUAUCCAAUUUGUUUUGGGUAGAGUAGGCGGGGUUCGAGUAGCCCGGAUACAGGCACACCAUGCCACUGAUCAUUAA